GGGGAAGGGAACGAAGGGAAAGGAAAAGAAGGGAAGAAGGGGCCUGGCCGCCCCGGCCGGGGCAAGCGAGGAGGCGGAGGAGGCAGGGCUCGGCGAGAGGAGGGCGGGCGGCCCGGGCCCCGCCGCCCCUGCCGGCGGGCUGAAGGCGGCCUGCGGCAGGCUGCGGCCAUCGCGGGUCUCGCCGCCCCCGUGCGCCCCUCGGAGGACGGAGGGGUGGGGGCAGAGGAGGCGGAGGAAGCGGCGGCGGCGCCAGGAACAGGGAGGCGGCGGCGGCAGCGGCACGGCGAGGGAGGGAGCCGGAGCCCGAGCCGGAGCCGGGCCGGGCCUCGCCGGAGCAACAGCAGCGCCAGCUCCUCCUCCUCCUCCUCCUCCGGCUCGGAACUCUGCUUCAUUUAUGAAAAGGAUGUAAGCCACGUUACCUAAGAAAUUGUUCCUGGGUUGCUACAUUGCCAAGAAAAGUAUGAAAUGGCUCUUGAAGUUAAAUGAGGCUGGAUAAAACACGUAAAUGAAGCAGAAGCUGCUCUGCAUGUGUUAGGGCUAUAUCACCACGAGCACUGCUGAUCAGCCAGACUUGGUAACUUGUCAUAAUGAAGAAAAUUAGUCUCAAAACAAUUCGCAAGUCCUUUAACUUAAAUAAAAGUAAAGAUGAAAGUGACUUUGUAGUGGUUCAGCAGCCAUCGUUAAGUGAAUUUGGAAAAGAUGACUCCUUGUUUGGCAGCUGCUAUGGUAAAGAUUUGGCUAGCUGUGAAGUCAAUAGUGAAGAUGAAAAAGGAGGCAAAAAUAGAUCAAAAAGUGAAAGCUUAAUGGGUACGUUAAAAAGGAGGCUUUCAGCAAAACAAAAGCAGAAAGGCAAAGGCAGCACACCAUCUGUAAGCUCUGCAGAUGAUGACACCUUUUCUUCCUCAUCUGCUCCAAUAACCUUCAAAGAUGUGCGAGCUCAAAGACCUCUGAGAUCCACUUCCCUCCGUAAUCACCAUUACAGUCCAACUCCGUGGCCCCUUCGACCUACAAAUUCAGAAGAGACUUGCAUCAAAAUGGAAGUCAAAGUCAAGGCUUUGGUCCAUUCUUCUAAUCCAAGCCCAGCACUGAAUGGCGUUCGAAAGGACUUCCAUGACUUGCAGUCAGAUAACGUGUUCCAGGAACAAAACAAUGCAUUAAAAAAUACGGAAUCUCAGAAUGGGGACUUGCAUCUUCAUAUUGAUGAACAUGUGCCUGUAGUUAUUGGAUUAAUGCCUCAGGACUACAUUCAGUAUACUGUGCCUUUAGAUGAGGGAAUGUAUCCUUUGGAAGGAUCACGUAGUUACUGUCUGGAUAGUUCCUCACCCAUGGAAGUUUCAACUGUUUCUUCUCAGGUGGGGGGAAACUCUUUCCAUGAAGAAGAGAGUCAAGUGGAUCAGGAUGUAGUCGUUGCACCAGACAUCUUUGUGGACCAGGCGGUGAAUGGUUUGUUGAUUGGUACCACAGGAGUCAUGUUGCAAAGCCCAAGAGUUAAUCACAGCGAUGUCCCUCCACUCUCACCUUUGCUACCUCCAAUGCAGAAUAAUCAAAUCCAAAGGAACUUUAAUGGAUUGAAUGGCACAGAUGCCCAUGUGGCUGAAAGUAUGCGCUGCCAUUUGAAUUUUGAUCCUAACACUGCCCCUGGAGUUGGAAGAGUUUAUGAUUCUGUACAGAACAGUGGCCCUAUGGUUGUGACAAGUCUAACGGAAGAACUGAAAAAACUUGCAAAACAAGGGUGGUACUGGGGCCCCAUUACGCGUUGGGAGGCAGAGGGAAAAUUAGCUAAUGUGCCUGAUGGCUCGUUUCUUGUUCGAGAUAGUUCUGAUGAUCGUUACCUUUUAAGUUUGAGUUUUCGUUCACAUGGAAAAACACUUCACACUAGAAUUGAACAUUCAAACGGUAGGUUUAGCUUUUAUGAACAACCAGAUGUGGAGGGGCAUACAUCUAUAGUUGAUCUAAUUGAACAUUCAAUCAGGGACUCUGAAAAUGGAGCUUUCUGCUAUUCGAGAUCCCGAUUGCCUGGAUCUGCAACUUAUCCAGUGAGACUAACAAAUCCAGUAUCUCGGUUUAUGCAGGUGCGUUCUUUACAAUACCUGUGUCGUUUUGUAAUACGUCAGUACACCAGAAUAGACCUGAUUCAGAAACUGCCUUUGCCAAACAAAAUGAAGGAUUAUUUACAGGAAAAGCACUACUGAAAGCUUAUGGGAAUCUUGCAUCUUGCACUUUGGGAACAACAACAACAAAAAGAGAUUGAAUUACAGUUUACAGACUUUCAUUAUUAUCAAAAUCUUUUGCUGCCAUAACAAUUUCAUUUUUUGUGUGUUAAAGAAAAUUAAUGCAUUUGGAUUUAUGUUUGUUUUUGGGUUUUUGUGUAUUUUGGGGGGCUUUUUUUUUUUUUUUGAAAAGAAUGAUCUCAAGUUUAUUUUUAGAAGUGUGAAAUAGCUAUCUUUCAUCAAUGUGCAGAUUAAUCACAAUGUGAAUGAUCAAAUUCUCCUUAAUUUCCCCCAAGUCCUUUGCUGCUAUCCACUGUGAUUUUUAUGCAUUGAAAGCACAUUUCAUGUGUAUUCAACCAUAAGUAAAAGUCAAAUGAAACUUGUUGAAUGGAUUUUUUUUUCUUUAAAAUAACCAGUUUGAAAAAGAUGAUCAUGGAUAAAAACAUAUAGGUAUUCUAAACUAAAGAAUUUACAUCUAUGCUAACAAUGAUUUCCUAGUAUCCUAAUUAUAAAUUUCUAUAGAGAUAUGCCCUAAUGUAGAAUUUAAAGAGUUGUGGGAUAAGAACAUGGUUAUGCAGCAUAUCUUUCAAAACAAACAAAGAAACCACAAAACCAACAAAAAUAACUACAACAACAAAAGUAAAACAAAAACACCUUUCUCUUAAGCCUUGUAUUGUCUGUACACUACUUUGUGUUUGAGAAGGUUGGUUCAGCUUUCUUAUUGUCUCAGUAUUUUGUCUUUCUAAAAAUGGCCUUUAAAAGAGAAGUCUGUGAGAGUCAGUGCUUUGCACCUGUAAGAAAAUUGCAGUAUCAUUGCAACUACAGGAUCAAAUAAAAUAUUACCAUGCCAUCAGUUAAAUAAAUGAACACCUGCCAGGUACUCUCUUUGUCAUUUUCCUUCCUGCCUCCCCUUGAGAAGAAGAAGAAAAAGAAGGGAAAAUUGAAAAUAAAUAAAAAGGGGGGAACAAAAACAAAACAAAAAAGCCUGAAUUUGUAGGAAGACUCUAGGAAUUAUUAUUAUGGAAAUACAAAUUACUAAGCCAUUUCAGGGAUUGGGGAAAACUUCUAAUAGGAGGAUUUCUACAAUUUAUUCAAAAUACUUGGGAUUUCAGUAUUUUCAAUUUUUCUGCAUUUUUCACUUCUGAAAUGCAGCAAUACACUAAUGUCCUUUGGAUCAUUUAUUCCUUUUUGGAUCUUCUUUGGGGAGGAAGGAAUAGGACUAAUGAUAUUUUGGAUGGAAGAUGCUUAAAAUGAAUCUCCAAUUCUCAUAGUCUCUGAAAUUAUGGGGAAGAGAGGUUUGGAUUGACUGUAGAAAGUGUUUCAGUUAACUGUUGUGAAAUACGUUUUGACAUAUGAAAUAUUGAAACAAGUAAAUGUUUAUGGUAUCUGUCAAAGAUUUUGGCAUUUGAAAAGCUUACAGUUAUUCUGACCUUCAGGAAAAAAAAAAAAAAAAAGACUUUUAUUUGGGAGUACAGGUAAUAUUUUCUUCAUGCAAGGUUAAUCCAUGUCAUUUUUUUUCCCCUCUCCAUGAUUCUGUCCCUUUUAUGAUUUACUAGUCGUUACUACCUUGCUAACUGGCAUGGGAGGAAGGCUUACUCUGCCUUCUUCUGCCCCUGGAUUUGUGUUUUAGAAUGUCAUCUUCCAAAUCUGUGGUAGGAGCUUCUAGUUAGUAAACGUCAGUAUAGAAAGGGCUGUUGAUACAGCUUUCUUAUUUAGGUCAUUUUAUUCUCUUUGUUUUUUAUUUUCUAGCCUUUUGUCCCCUAAGUGAGUGUUAGUAACGAAUACAGUAUUGCUGCAAGGUGGUGCAAUAGCACUACAUCUUGGGUUGCCUGAAUUGAUAGACAAAAUUUAUAUUUUUUUAAUUUAUUUUUUGACCAUAAUGUUUAGCAAAAAAUAAAAAAAAAAUCAAAGGUAGAUAAAGGCUGCCUUUGCUUUUAAGGGAGGGAGAAUAAGGAUUUCUUUAGUCUGAUAAAGUUUUAAACUUAAAAGAAAAAAAAAGUAGAACUGUCUAUAUAUGUAAUUUGUUGGCUCUGCCAUUGAGAUACAUGUAUGCAAGUGUGAAUUCUGUUUUCUUUUUUCCCCUCUAUUGACUCCACCCUCCCCGCCCCCCCCCCCGCCCCGGUGAAUCAGAAUCACUAACUUUAUUCAAAAAAGGCACAAUAAUCUAUAGUAUGGUACAGUGUUCUGAUUCAGUCUGUGGGGAGGAAAAUUAGAAUCAUUUUUAUAGAUUUCAGACUCAUACUUGGAAGAAAACCUCUGGCAUUUUCUUCACUUUAAAAAUUCUUUCCCUGUACAAGCUGGAGGGCCUAUGCAUUCUACAGAAUCUUUGAAAGAUUACAGUAUAUUAAAUAUUUUCUUUGCUAUUUAAUACCAUUAUUGAAUGCAUUAAACUUAUACUAUGCCACUUGCAUUAAUUUAAUUUAGCAGUUACUGUAUUGAAACAGAAAUAUUUGAAGGUAUAAUAUCCCAGUUUUAUUGCUGAAUUGAAAAACAUGUAAGAACACAUGCUAAAUUUCUUGCCCAUGCCUUUACAAAUUUGUUUGUUCACUCAUUACACGUUAUUGCUUUUUGAAACUGUAGUUCAGCUAUCUAGUUCUUGAAUUGCCUUCCUUGCUGUGUUCUUCAUUUGUGAACUUAAUCAGGUCAACUUAGCAUUGUCAUCUCCCCCACCGCCCCCAGUAAAGCUUCCACAAAAGGAACACUUUAAAGUAGUGGAGGCCUAGGAUGUGAGAACCAUAUAGCACUUUGAUAAAAAAUGGUGGUGAUAUUUCUACUAAGCUUGAAAUACUUUAAAUCAAUAGUAAGUAGACAAAAAUACUUAUUUUUACAGGUUUCAUUAUUCAAAAUCCCUCUGUAUGUUUUAUACUGAGGUAACUGGCCAGCCAGGAGAAAGAACCCGGAAAAAAUGACUUUGAAAGCAUUAAGGAUACUUACAAUUUCUUACAAUAAUGAUUAAUAUAGAAGAAACACAGUAACGUUUAGUUAUGAGACAAUUUAGAAGUAUUCAGAGAAAACAUAAAUGUUGUAUUAACUUUGGCUUCAUAAAAAUUAGUGAAACAAAGUGUCCUCAGUAAACAAAAAGGAAAGUAAUUGAAGAUAUUUUGGGAACUUUUGGAAGUACAUGUAGGUACACUAGGAAAAAAAACAAAAAGGAAAAUAAUUGAAGAUAUUCUGGGAGCCUUUGGAAGUAGAUACACUAGGAAAAAAGUUAACUGACUAUAAUCCUUACAGAGUAGAAAAAUGACUAUUUAAUCAGCACAACAGUUUAAGGGUUCAGAAGGUAUGCUUUUUAUACAAUUAAAUUGUGAAACAAUGUUUUUCCAAAUGAGACUUUGAAAUAAAACUUUUUUGAGCAUCUGAAAUAAUUGAAGUUAUUGAUAACAUUUCUGUUUUACCAAUUAAUUUGAAAAGUAAAACAACACCUUUGGACAUAUAGAAAUAAAUUUGCACAUUUUUUUUUUGUAGGUCAGUGUUAUAAACAACUGAAAGUGAUUUGUAUUCUUUGAUCUAUUUGAAGGAUAUAGCACUUAUCCUACUGUUGACAUAGUGAAUGCCAUCUUUUGAUAAAAUUUUUUUCUGUCAGAAGGAUCAGAAAUGCAAUUAUUAGUUAAACUCUGUUCUCCGAUGAGCUGACUUCACAUAUUUUUUAAAGCCAAUUUCUUUCUAUGAAUAUUGACUGCUGGGCUAAGUGCAGUAAUCUGUGCAGUUUUUUCUUGUGAUGCAUUUCAUCUGUGUGAAUACUGGAAUUAUAACUUUAAAACAGCAUACCAGCAAUAUAUGGGCUAUGAUUGUUGAGAAGUAUUUCUCUGUUACUGAACUUUCAAUUUCUGAGCUAAGCUAUGGAUAAAUUUCAUUUCUUUCAAUCUUUUUAUGACUGCAAAGAAUAAAAACUAAAAGCAUUCUUUUUAAAUAAAAAAUGGACAAGAUGGUAGUUCAUAAUAUUGGAAAUGUGGCAUCAAUGUGUCUGGAAAACUCUAAAUUCUACAAAGAUGAUGAAAAAUUCUUAAAGAAUUUUCUGUGACUACGUGUUGGGUUAAAGAAUUUUUAUAGUGAUGAUGAUGGAGUGCCAUGAAGUUAAUACUUGCAAUCCAGAUUGCUGUAGUUUACACUUUUCUCUGUUUCAGACCUGGUGUGUGCUAUUUGUACUCAGCACGCCACAGAGUGAAUUAUCCAAAGUCCAUUGAUUUUAAUGUGUUUUGAUUUGUAAACAAAAUUAUAGUAAUUUCUUGCACAUUUUUGAAAAAUAAUUGUAUAAGGAUUUAUGUAUCUGCUUCUGGAUACAGUGUGUAAAUAAAAAUUUCAUUCACAAGAA